AUGUUCAGCUUGGGGAUGGUCGCCUUGUAUCUUCUUACGGAUCUUCCAUAUAAGAAAGUGCCCGAAGGCAAAGAGAUCUCGCCUAAGUAUCAGGAAGAAUGGAUGCGAACAACAGCGCUUCCUAUGGUGGAUAGGGUUGGGGGGAAGUUCAGACCACUACUCAGUGAGCUACUUGCCUACGAGGCCAAGGACCGAUGGGGCGCGCAAAAAGUCAUCAAUUAUUUCUGGCGGUUGGAUAAAGAAUUUAGCUCUGAUAGCCGGAAGCGUUCUGCGAGCUCUAUACUUUGUGUCGACGCCAAGAAGCAGGCCUCUGGAUCCUUCUUCAUCCCUAAGGAGCAGGCCGAUGACCAGGAUUCCCAGGGUCUUACUUCUGUCCCGGGCACUCCCUUUGUCGAUAGCGAUUUCGAUGCCGAAGUAGCUGCUGAUGGGUCUUCUAUCGAACUCAGGAACGGCAACCAGGAAGACUUAUACUUGGCUUCAGGGGCAAACGUUAGCGAAGCUAAAGCGGAUAUCAUCCAAAACCUGCAGCUGGGCCCGAGCUGGGUAACAUAUGCUAGCAUUGAUGAGACCAGCAACAGAUCUCUAUCUGCACAUGAGCCUCAGACGGACUGUAUGCAGGAUAUGCAGAAGUUGCAGCUGGAUAGCUGGAGUACUUGCAAGAAUAAUGUCGGCAGCGAAUGUAGGAACAGCAUUCAAUCCGUGAACAACCUGCACACUGAACUGGAUUCUGGAAGCGAGGAUGAAGAAAGGAGCGAGCUAGACACUCAAUACUCUUAUAUAGCACAGAAGCAUGAGCAUGCUUAG